CCAACAGGUUCACAUCAUUUGGCCAUGGGCAACAAGGUGGUCACUUUCACCGACCAGCAGCUGGAGGACUACCAGGACUGUACGUUCUUCACGAGGAAGGACAUUCUGAGGGUGCACAAGCGGUUCCGCGAAACCAGCCCGGAGUUGGUGCCGGAGGUGAUGACCGAGGGGCAGGCCACCUCGAUACAGGUGCCGCGCGACAGGAUCGAGAAGAUGCCCGAGCUGGUGGAGAACCCGUUCAAGGGGAGGAUUUGCGAGGCGUUCUCCCGGCAGGGCGAUGGGAAUUUGACCUUUGAGGAUUUUUUGGAUCUGCUGUCGGUGUUUAGUGAGCAGGCGCCGAGGGAUAUAAAGGUGUUUUAUGCGUUUAAGAUUUAUGACUACGACAAGGACGGCUUCAUCGGCCAGUCGGACCUGCUAAGCGUAAUCACCGCCCUAACCGCUAACGACCUUACCACCGAGGAGCGCCAGCAGAUCGCCGACAAGGUUAUCGAGGAAUCGGACGUAGAUGGCGACGGAAAGUUGUCCUUUCUGGAGUUUGAACACGUGAUAACCCGAGCACCGGAUUUUAUUUCCACGUUUCACAUUCGAAUUUAAUGCCGCCGCCACUUUCGUCCAUCUGUCGGGAAAAGAGGGGAAACUUUUCGAUGAGCAUAGCUGAGACGACAACCUUCAGUUCGAAAAGCGAAGUUAUUUUACGAGUUUUCGGUAUAACAGAGUGAUGACAUCUGUUUCAAAACAGUUGGAACUGUUCAAAGGAGAUGGAUUCUGCUUAGGUUUAAUGCAAUUUGUAUGCCAGUUGUUAAUUUGAAAAUAAUAAAUUAAAAUUUUAUUAUGGAU